CUCACAUGGAAGCAUUACACGAGUACAACGAUAUUAAAGACGCCACUCAGAUUGUUUUAGGAUAUUUGGCUGACGUUAAGCAUUGCAGCAUUGUUGAAUUGCACAGACAGUAUAACCUGCCCUUGGAAUAAGAGUUGGAACAACAGUCGGCAGCAUGUCUGACACCUCAGAGGACACGAUCUCGUCGGAUAGACAAAACGACAAGGAGGACAGUAUUUGUCGCGAUUUUGCUCGCGGCAUAUGCGAUCGGAAAUUUUGCAAGUUCAAGCAUGAGAACGAGAUCCACACUUUGAAUUUUUGCCACGAUUACCAGAACAAUGUGUGUCCCAGACCUUACUGCAAGUUUAUCCAUUGCACCGCCGAUGAAGUGGAAGAGUACAAGCGCACCGGCGAAAUGUCGAACCAGAUCCUCGCGGAGGCCACGCGCAAGAACCAGUUGCCCGGGGUGCCGCCCGUCUGCAAUCAGUUCAAGAUGGGGCUUUGUCGGCGUGCGAACUGCAAGUUCCGUCAUGUGACCAAGGCGCUCGAGGAGGCGGAGAUAAUGGAACUGAUCCAGAACAACGUCCAGCGCAAACAGGCAAACAAUAACAAUAACGAACCGUCCCAGUUUGUGGGCGGUGCGGGGAACCGUAACGGUUUCGGCAAGAGGCCGGGUACUUUCGACCACGACUUGGGUAUCCCAUUCGCUAAACGCUUGUCCGCGGGUGCCGAGAUCGAUCUAAUCGCUCGGGAUUUGUACGUCGAGACGGACAGACCGGUUUUCAAAGGGUACUUUGCCGGCACCCCGCCCGCGGUACUCAGCAGGGUAGACGCGAGGACGCUGAUGUUGGAGGAGGAGAAUAAUCUUCUGCACAAGGAGAUCGCUCAGCUGAAAAAACAGGUACAAGAUCUAACGGCGACCAACGAAUUCCUCCUGGACCAAAACGCCACCCUGCGGGUAUCCAACAAGCACAACAACAGUAUACCGGCCGUGUCGCUGACUAACACGAAUGCCGCGCAACCUCAACAAGUCAUCAGAACCGUCACGGCAAGCGUGGGCACGGUUCCCGUUUCUCUGGCCACCGUGUCCACCUGUAACCCCGUAUCGAUAACCGGCUGUCCUACGGUCAGCAUAGCGUCUCCGGCGCAGAUUCUCGCACCGAGUCAGCAAAUUUUAGUCACCACCAACCCGGCCCAACAGCUGGCGCUCGCCACGUCUACGCAACUCACCUCGCAAGCUCAGCACAUCGCGAAUCAGCAAUUGGCGCUGGCCAACGCCCCUCAACAACUCACCACCCAACCUCAACAAUUAACCCUCGCGAACAAUCCGCAAACCCAUCAACAGCUGAACCAACAGUUGACGUCUCAGGCGCAGCAGUUGGCCACGCAGCAGCUAACGUCGCAGGCUCAGCAGCUCGCGCUGGCCAAUACGACGCAGCAGCUGACUUCACAGGCUCAGCAAUUGGCUCUCGCGAACACCACGCAGCAAUUGGCGGUUGCCAACGUACCGCCGCAGCAGCUGGCGCUGACCAACACGGGUCAGCAGUUGCUAGCUGCGCAACAGAAUUUGGCCGCGUCCACGCAGCAAAUUGAGCUGCAUCGCAAUAACCAAAUCAACGCGAUCAACACUUCGCAAACGAUCGCCAUGUCGAACGCGUCGCAGCCGAUGGUGUCGUAUCCCAUCAUGACGCAGAGUAUGAGUCACGGGAUGCCCCAUUAGCUGGUGGUGUUGCUGGGCGCGUAAGUUUCCUACCUCGGGUGUGAGUUGUCGGUGAACGUGACGUGUCAUGGACAGGAAGUGUUUAUUUAUAUCGAGAGUUUUAGGUAGUGCAUUCGAUUAGUUUUAUGGAAUGAAGUUUCGUUUUGAAAAACUUUUGGUUUUCUCAAGUGCAUUUUGUGUCGUAGAUUGCGGGAACUGUUAUUAAUAGUGUCAAUAUUUUUCGUGUAAUGAAUAGAAAGGAAAACAGCUAUUUCAUUUUGUGCUGAGGAUAACCAGAAUGUCGUGACGCCAGCUUCUAUUUUGGACACUACAAUUUUCUUUUUUAAGUGGUAGUUCAUUCCUUAAACGUAAACCGGACAAACGGCAGUCAGUUGACAACUCAAUUUUUGGCAAACCUUCUCAGGUUCCAUUGCCUUGCUCUAGAUAGUUUUCCAAUAGAUCUGAUAACCCUAAUGUAGAGAAAACACUGUUAUAUUUCUCGAAGCUCGCUAUUGAGGGAAUUCUUUAUAUCUACAUAAUGGUUUAUAGAAAUAUAAAAGUUGUUUGUUUGAAUUUGCUGCAUGUGACAGAAAGAUAUCCAUUGUCUCGUAGGUAUCUCACUUAAAAUGGGCGCCGGUAACUUUAUAAUCUUUACCCAAGAAUUAUCCACGAGAAAUGUGGUAUCUGGUUACUAGAUAUUUUCCAAAACUACCGCCAGCAAAAAGACAAUCAAACGGAAAAUUCUGGAAUGAUUAAUCGUACAUUCAUUAUUGGAUAUAAGUACUGCAACAAAUUUUUAAAAAAUCCUAAGAUUCAAAAAUUCUUGAAACUGUAUGCUUUGAGUUUACUUUUUGGAUAGAUUAGACCCUGGUAGUUCAUCGAAAUGUUUCUUUAAGGUAGAAAUCAAGGCAACAUGCGCAGUAAAAAAGUUGAAGGGUAAAUUGUUCGUAAACCGUGGUGAGAAAAGUAUUGCAACAUUUUGUAUUAAGGUCGACUCAUUAAAUAAACAUAAAUUAUUUGCAAGUUUAAUAACCAAUAGCGUAUUCAUCAUUGUUUCUAUCUUUGCCAGGCCAAGGGGUUGAUUAAUUUCUCGAAAACAUUAAGGGGUAGGUUUCCAAACUUCUGGAAUUUUAGAAUUUUAUUCGUCAAUGCCAAUCUAUAAAACUUGCAUGAACAGUGCAUAUAUAUUUUUCAAACAAUGAUUCUUCUUUUUCACUGAAUAUUUUAUAUACAUUUAAACGUCCACCUUCCGAGACCAGAAUUACAGUUUCCACCUAGACUUUGAAAUGAUUGCCAAUUUUUAUUUCCUUUCAUUGAUCUUCUCAUCUGCAAAACAAAAUUAAGUUUCCCAACAGUGAGAUACCGUUAGAACAAUGCAUGUUGUCUUACUCGUAGGCACAUGGACUCGCUAUUUUGUUACAUAGCUUUCUUAAAAAAACUUUUAAACAAAAACAAGGCACUCGCGCAAUCUUAUACCUCAAACUUACCUUGAUUACGAAAAAAUGUAUACAGCAAAAUUUAAACUAAACACCAUCACAAUUUUAUUUUACGCACAA